AUGGGCACCGGUGGUGGUGGUGGUAGUACUUUUACGAGCGAGGAAAAAAUAUCUGUCUCUGUCCGGGUGAGACCGUUAAACGAGGCGGAAAAAGACUUAGGCUGCGCGUGGAGGCACGCGGAAGAUGCCAUCGUUUUGGACAACUCUCGUAAAGAAACCACUUCCACUUCCAAAGAAUCCGUGGUGUACCGCGUCGAUAACGUCUUUGACGAAUCCUGUUCCAAUUUGGACGUCUACAACAAGACAACUUCGAAAAUAGUCAAAUCGGUUUUGGAUGGCUUCAAUGGUACGGUAUUCGCGUACGGGCAAACGUCGUCCGGAAAAACGCACACCAUGCACGGAGAGAUCGGCACGGAACCUGGGAUUGUUCCGUUGGCGGUUCAAGACGUGUUUGAUUCGAUUGAGAAAUGUCCGGAAAGAGAGUUUCGAGUGCGCGUGAGUUACUUGGAAAUUUAUAACGAGAAUUUGUUGGAUUUAUUAGCGCGUUCGUCCGCGGAAAUGGACGAACAUGGACAGGUUAGCAAGACGUUGAGAAUCCAAGAGGAUCCGGAGAGAGGAAUCGUCGUCAAUGGCUUGAAAGAGGAACGCGUUCAGAACGUGGCACAAGUGCAAAAAGUAUUAGAGAUUGGCCAGAAUAAUAGACACGUCGGCGCGACGAAUAUGAACGCGAGAAGUUCCCGGUCGCACGUUAUUUUCAGGCUGUGUAUUGAAUCGAAGUUAAGAAAAGAUUCAGAGUUAGAUAGUAGUGAUAAGUCAGGUCAUGCUAAGAAACCGGACGGUUUCGUAGGAGCUGGGACGAAGAGCGGUAGUGAGAAAGGAGGAGGAGACGAAGACGUGGCGAACGAAAACGUGCUCGUUUCUGUUUUGAACCUCGUCGAUUUAGCCGGUUCCGAGCGCGUGGCGAAAACAGGUGCAGAAGGUCAGCGCGCGAAAGAAGGUGCGUCAAUUAACAAGUCUUUAUUGACGUUAGGCGUCGUCAUUAAUAAACUCGCGGAGGAUGGAAGCAAAAACGGCGGUGCGGGCGGCGGGUAUGUGCCAUAUCGAGACUCCAAAUUGACGCGCAUUUUACAACCCGCUUUAGGUGGUAACUCGAAAACAGCCAUCGUCUGUGCGAUGACGCCGUGUGUGAGUCACGUGGAGGAGACGAGCUCCACCUUGAGGUUUGCAACCAGGGCGAAAAAUGUCACUAAUCAAGCGAAACGGAACGAAGUGGCGACGGCGACUACUGCGUUGAUAAAGAAACAAGCCGCGGAAAUCGCACGGUUAGAGAAGAAGUUGUUAUCGUCCACAACUUUAAAGACGAGCGCGACGAAGAAGUUAGAAGACGAGGUCGAAGCGCUCAAGCAAGCGCUUUCUGUCAAGGAUUUGAAAAUACAAGAGUUGGAGGCGAAGCUCUCUUCUUCUUCUUUUCCAACGACGGCUGAAGAAGUUGUCGAUGAGAAUCGAUCCGCCUCGGAGUGCAGAACGGUGACGACGCAGAACGAUAACACCGAGGAGGGGAGUAAAAAACAAGAACAAGAAAUGACGCCGCACACGACGGAAGCCGUGUUAGCUUUAGAGGCGAAAUUGAAAGAAAUUCAAAAAGAGAAAGAUUUAGUGGGAGAAAAGAUGAAGACGAUGAAAACCGAGUACAAAUCAGAGACGAAGAAAAUGUUCAAAAGAGCAGAGCAAGCUGAGAAGGAGUUGGAAAAGUUGAGAACGAACGUGAAAAAGCUGAAGUUAGAGAACGAGGCGCAAAAUUCGGACGUCGUGAGCGCGAAAGAAGCCAUCGAAGCGGCGUUGGUCUCGAGAAACUUAGAGCUGGCUUCCGCGGUGGAACGCGCUACUCUCGCCGAGAGGAAACUCGAGGAAUUCAAUCGAAAACUGAAACUGAAAGUGCGUUCGGAAGACGAGGAUAACUUUGAGUUGAAUAGAAAGCUGGAAAAUAUUACCGACGAGAAGGAAGAAUUGGAGUUGACGCUGCAAAAGAAGGAGAAGAAGUUUGCCGAGGAGAAGAAAAAGUUUGCGUUACAAGUUGAAUUGGCGGAGAAAAAAGUCCAAGAGUCUCUGAAAAUGUACAACACGGAAGGCGAUGGAAAGAUCAUAAAAGAAAUGGUAGAGAAGAUUAGAGGGUUUGAAAAAGACAACGUGGCAAAGAUGAACGAAAUCGCGAAAUUGAAAAUGGAGUUGGCGCAAAACGUUUCCAAGCUCAUCGAUUACGAGUAUCGUUUGGAUGAGAAGACGAACAACACCACGACCAGUAUUCCCGAUAUCAAGAACAAGAGUAAUAAAAACACCACCGAGGAAGUCUUAAUGAAUGAAGAAAUAAUGAAGUCACGGAUUACGGAGUUGGAAGAGGAAAAUGCGGAUUUGCAGAAACGUUUGAUGGCGUCGCCGAGCGAGAACACGACGACGAUACUCAAGAAGGAAGAGGAAGAACUUUUGAAGAAUGAUUUACGGUUCGCGUUGGAAGAAGCGAACGUUCAGAUUGAGAGAAUGAACGUGGAAGUUGAGAAAGCAAACGCGGAGGCGAGCAAAGCGAACGCCGAACGCGUGGACAUGGAGCAAAUGCUCGAGGAUGCUGUCGUGGCGGUUGAAGAGCAGGCGCGUUUGCGAGAGGCACUGGAGAAGACUUUGGAAGAGAUUGAGAAUAAAACGAUGAGAAUAGUUUCGGCGGAACCCUCUUCUUCCCCGUCCAAGAAAGCAGAAGCAAACGAAGAAGAAGAGAAGAAGAAAAUUGAGGAGAUUAAAAAGCUGUGCACUAUUUACGAAAUCAAAUACGGCAAGGCGAAGGAGCGCAUGAAGGAGGACUUGGUCCGCAUAAAAGCGCUCACGAAGGAGAUCUCGAACGAGAAGAAAAAACGAGAAGGCUUGAAAUACGAAGUCGUGAAAUUAACCAAGCAGAUGGACAAAAUGCAAACAGUUUACGGGCGCUUGAAAUCGACCAAGUACUCUGGAAACGAGGAGGCUUUUGAAAAGGCGCGAGAGGCGUGCGAGAAAGAGGUGGAAAACGACUUGGUGAGCAAGAAGAAUUUGAAAAAAGACCGACGACAGGUCACACCGUUAGCGGAAAAUAAUAUAUAA